CUGACUUAUGGAGCAAAAAUACAAUUGCAGAAAUCACUUUGGACUUCUGUAUAAAAAAAAUUUCUGCAACUGUACCCAACAAAAAGGUCAUAUCUCCAAAAAAGGCACAACAGCAAGCACUAGACUUGCUUUUGGCUUCGUUUAGAAAGCAAUGAUUGCAGAAUGGAGACUGAAUUUUCCUGUCAUUCUCUUCGUUUAUCUCAUUUUCUCUUCGUCUCAGUUCGCUAUAUCCAAACAAUCGUGGAAUAUCAAUGUCAGUCUUUGGAAUUCCACCGCCAGAGUUCCCACUUUCUGGAUCAAUAAUCCUUACGUUAAUCGUAAUUAUUCCACCACAGACUUCUCCGCCAUUACACCCAUCCUUCUGAGUGGAAAAGAUUCUGGCUCUCAGUUCCUCUGUGGCUUCGUCUGCAAUUACGAAGUCACAGGAUGCCUUCUUGGUACCCUCUUAGUACUCUACAACAGCACCGCUAUUGAGAAAAAAUAUACUAUACUUUACCCCCAGUUAGUUUGGUCUGCUAACCGAAACCAUCCAGUGAAAGCCAAUGCAACCUUACAACUAGGCCGAGAUGGUAAUUUGGUCCUGGCAGACUCUGAUGGUACUCUUGUUUGGUCCACUAAUACAACUGGAAAACCUGUUUCAGGCUUAAACUUGACAGAGAUGGGAAAUCUCGUGCUCUUUGAUAAGAGAAAUCGCGCAAUUUGGCAGUCGUUUGAUCAUCCAACGGAUUCUUUGCUUUCAGGUCAGGAUUUGGUUUCCGGUCAGAAGCUUAUAGCAAGCAUUUCAGCAUCCAAUAGGAGUCAAGGUUUCUUUUCGCUUACUAUUCUCAACGGAAGCCUUGUGGCGUACACAGAUACUAAUCCACCUCAGUAUUACUACGCUUCAGAUUAUACGAACGAUACUGGUUUAAGUUUUGACGGUCACACCCUUAGUCUUGCGUCUACUUUUGCUCAGUUCAUGAAGCUUGAGCAUAAUGGACAUUUACGGCUAUACCAAUUUGACAUAUAUGAGCUUGAUUGGAAAGUGAUAUCUGAUGUUUGGACAUCUGAAUCUGAUGUAGGAAACUGUGGGUACCCAAUGGUGUGUGGAAGAUAUAGCAUAUGUACAAGUGACGGGCAAUGUAAUUGUCCGUACGAAGGGAACUUUUUCAGGCCAUCUAUCGGUAGAAAAACAGAUCUUGGAUGUACGGCGUUGACACCCAUAACUUGCGACUCUUUGCAGUACCAUAGUCUUCUAGAGCUCAGCGACACCAGAUAUUUUGCAUUUGAUGUCAACUUUCAACUGAAUUCAAGCAUAUGGUUCGAGGGGAUAAAGUUGGAAGAUUGCAAAACGGCUUGUCUGAGUAACUGUUCUUGCAAAGCUGUUGUUUGGGAUGGGACUCGAAGGAAAAACUGUUUAUUAUUGAAUGAAGUAUUCUCAAUCAUGGAUAACGGGGAGGGAAGAGACAAGACCACAGUGUUUCUUAAGGUGCAGAAUCAGUCACCAAUCAUUUCUGGAGGAAAGCAAUCAAGACCUGUCAAAGUGAUACUAGGAUCUACUCUUGCAGCUCUCGUGGGGAUAAUCUUAAGUAUCACUACUUGGUUUAUACUUUUCAAAAAGAGGUCACAGUCCAGCAAGGUUGGGGAUUUUCUGGAUAUAGAACCACUGUUACCGGGAAUUCUAACUCGAUUCUCUUACAAUGAGCUGAAAAUACUUACAGAAGAUUUUAGCAAAAAGCUCGGGGAAGGAGGAUUUGGCUCUGUAUAUGAGGGAACACUGAGUAAUGGCACCAAAAUAGCUGUGAAACAUCUGGAUGAUCUAGGUCAAGUAAAGGAUUCAUUUCUAACAGAAGUAAACAUAGUUGGUGGCAUUCACCAUGUCAAUUUGGUAAAGCUCAUUGGAUUUUGUGCGGAGAAAAGCGACAGGCUUCUGAUCUAUGAGUACAUGGUAAAUGGAUCGUUGGAUAGGUGGAUUUCUCAUGAAAAGAAAGAAAAUAGGCUUACAUGGAAGACAAGGCAAAGUAUAAUAUCAGAUAUUGCCAAAGGAUUAGCUUAUCUACAUGAGGAUUGCAGCCAUAAGAUAAUUCAUUUGGACAUUAAACCACAAAACAUCCUUCUAGAUCAGUAUUUCAAUGCUAAGAUAUCUGAUUUUGGGUUGUCGAAGCUAAUUGAGAAAGACAAAAGCAAAGUUUUGACUAGAAUGAGAGGAACACCAGGAUAUUUAGCCCCUGAAUGGUUGAGCUCGGUAAUCACUGAGAAAGUUGAUGUGUAUGCCUUUGGAAUUGUGCUCUUGGAAAUUCUCUGUGGGCGAAAGAAUUUGGAUUGGUCCCAAGCUGAUGAAGAAGAUGUCCAUUUGCUAAGUGUCUUUAGGAGAAAAGUGGAACAACAACAGCUCACGGAUAUGGUGGACAAAAACGACGAGGAUAUGCUGCUCCACAAAGAAGCAGUGACAGAAAUGAUGAGCAUCGCUGCAUGGUGUUUACAGGGCGAUUUCUCCAAGAGGCCUUCCAUGUCAUUGGUGGUUAAGGUACUGGAAGGUUUGGUGACUGUUGAAACCGACUUAGAUUAUAAUUUCACUAACAUACCUGAAGUUAGGGAAGGCAACCAACAGAGGGAAGCCACUAUCAGUUCAAGAUUUCCUUCAGUUUUAUCGGGACCAAGGUAAACAAUAUGCUUAAGAUUUUUAGUCUUUGAAAGAACCAAUUUAUGGUUGUGUAAUGUCAAUAUUGCAAGAUUUUCAAAGCAUUACGUUUUAUGGUGUAUAAGAUUACAAUUCUUGAAAUGUGUUAGGAUCGGGAAUCUGGGCAGUGCGUAUUCGGUCAAAGUGACCUACGUCCACAAGCGGAGAGGAGCAAUUUCACUAUACCAACAAGAGUACA